AUGGCUACUCUACUACUCGAUCGAUUAGAAACUUUUCCACACAUCCCUGGGCCAUUAUCCUGUGGCGUAGGACGUACUGGUGCUACGAGAAGGAGGAAAAAAAAGUAUAAUAGGAAAGAAAUAGGUGUGUUUUUGUGGCAGCCUUUGGACACGCUGCCUCCUGGCCUAGAGAUAGGUAACUAUCCUUCUCAACUAGGCAGCUCGACUUGGAGCCAAGUAAAAACCCCUCUUUGUCUAGUCCUCUGUGCUCUGUCAUCCGAGACUGUGGCUUCCUGUCCGACGACGUAUCCAGUCACUGUACCAGGGGACUAA